AGACCAAAACUUGGUCUUUAACUUGUGUGAAACGUUUUUACACUCGUGUGAAACUCCAUUGUUUAUCAGAGUUUCGUCGCGUUUUUUUCGCGUCUUGUCUGUUACGUCAUAAUCCUGCGUCGAAGUAACUUGUAAACAGACCUCCAGCAUCAAGAUAGCCAAAUGGAGCGGUAACGAAGAGCUUUUCCUGCCGAAGCUGUUACUAUUUUUAAAACCAACUGAGGAUAUCAAAUGAUGUUAUAAAAGCUCAUCGGUACUUUUCACGUUUACACCAGACUGCCUUUAUAAAGCAGAUUUAGUGGCGGGAGCGGCUUCAGACGAGCUAUCCAACUCCGAUCGAGAUUUGUUUUUUAAAGUCCAGGGUGACCAUGGUGCGUUGUUUGGUGAGUCUUUGUGCCAGAGAGGUGGUCAGAAACCACAGUUCGUCUCCCAGCUGGCUCGGGUGGGUUCCCAGAGAGCUGUACCGACCACUGCUGGAGGCCGCCUUCGCCAGCGGCAGACCGCUGGCUGUCGGGGAGCUGGCGCAGUGCUGGCCCGAGCGCACGCUGCGCGUCGGAGGACCAAAGACAAAAGAGAGCAUUUCACCGAACCGUCUGUGUGUUCAGGCCCUGCUGCUCGCAGUGGUCAGAGGUCUGGGUGACCGGAGGUGUGUCCUGCAAGUUCUGGACCUGUGCGGACUUCACGGGGAUGAGGGUGGAACAGGGGACUCGAUGGGAGGCUGGUCUCUGACUGUAGCCGUCUGCACCAUGGUCGUUCAGGCCAAAGCUGGAGUCAAGAGGACACAGAAGAAGGACGGAGACAGAGAGAGGAAGCGAUUCUCAGCUCUCGAAAGAGAAAUGGACUUGAAACGAGAGCGAGCACAAAAGAAGGGUUCUGUGGAACCAAACAGUGGGGGGACUGGAUUUUCAGGUUUUGUGAGUGAACAGGAUUUAACUAAAGGAGUCCGGAGGAGAAUGGAGACAGAGAGGAAAAAAAGGACAGGUUUAGAAGACAGUAACACAGAGGAAAAAGAGGACAAUUGUGAUGUCCUGGUGCACGUCCGAGCUGACCUUUUCGUCAACGCCCGAUCAUGGGAACGUGUUCGAGUUGCCCUGACCACAUCGGGCCCCCUAAAGCUUCAGUGCAGAUACCUCCGGGUGGAGGAGAUUUCGGUCUCGAGCAUCAGGACCCUCUUGAGCCUCCUGCCCCGUCUGGGUCUUCUGGGCGUCGACAUUCGCUACAGCAGCCUCGGGGUGGCAGGAUUGGCUGAACUGCUGCCUCUUCUCUCCUCCUUUCCUUCGCUGAACUCCCUGCGUCUGCAUUACUGUAACCUAGACUUUAGAAGAGAUCAGUUUGGGCAGGAGGAUGCUUUGAGGAGCCUUUCGCAAGGGCUGGCGAGCUUGCAGGAGCUACGGCGGCUCAGUCUGACUGCCUUACGGCUGCCUGGACAGUUACGAGUUUUACUCAGCUCUUUGCCUCAGCCUCUUGAGAUUCUGGAGUUGCCUUAUUUGAGCCUCAGUCCAUCAGACUUGGCCUACCUGUCCUGCAGCCACCAUGCCUCUGCGCUCCAGCAGCUGGAUUUGAGUGAGAACCGGCUGGAUGACAGCACCCUGCCCUCCAUUCGAAGGCUCCUCUCCCAGGCCUCCAGCAGCCUGCAGCAUCUGUCUCUAAGCGGCUGUGGUCUGACCGACAGUCUGCUUGGACUCCUGCUGCCUUCCUUCGGGUGCUGCCGGGCUCUCAAGAGCUUGGCUUUGGCCUUAAACCCUCUGUCCAUGGCAGGCCUUCUGGACCUGGUCCAGAUGGCAGUGAGACUCCCUAACUUACGCCAGUUACUCUACCCGAACCCCCUGGAGGACUACCAACCGGGCCUCCCCGAUCUGCCGUCUAGCGCUCAGCUGCUGGACUGGCCUCUGGAUGAAAGUACAGACAUCAACGUGACCAGCAGCCAGCUGAACCGGGUGCUGUUAGACAGCGGACGCGGCGACCUGAUCCUCACCUGCGAUCUGCUCAAUUAUGAUAAAGACUUGGUGGCUUAAAGCUAAACACGGAUUUGCUUCUUACUUUAUCCACAUAAACACAGCAAUCAAAAAAUUAUUUUAAUUGAAUUUAUGUGCCUUUUUUUAACCUAUUCAUAGAAAUUGUACAUUUUUCUAAUUUUUGUUCUUCUUUUCACAAAAGUAUCUUUGUUUGUCCUCACACUUCCUCCUCUGCUCAUCAGCUGUUGGUUGACCUCAGUGGAGGUCUGACAGUAGCUCCAGUCGGGUGUAAUGGAGCACGUGUGUUGGUAACAUUCAGGGCAGUGGGACAGGAGGAUCAGUAACGUUAGCUGCUGCAUUAACCACUAUAGAACAUGCCUCCACCUGCUUUUCUAACUGGGUUAAACAAACAUCGUUCAGAGGUGGUGGAGACAACAUCCGCACGUGUUUCCAAAAUGAAACUGAUGCUUUUCAGGGUGACUUUUCAAAAAUAUCUGGUUCAAUUGCUUAAAUUGAAUUAGAUUUGAUCUUCUAGUUUUGUUAUCUGACACUAAAAUAAUGAUUAGUGUUGUACAAUAUGUACCAUUAGGUCCGAAUACAAAGUUGUAUUUUCUCCUCAGUCCAAUUAAUUUUAACCUAAAACUUAAACUAGUAGUUUAAGAGAAUGUGAUAAAUCAAAUAAUCUCUGUUUUUAAAAUAAUUUUCUUGUAUUUUUUAAACUUUUUUGUGCCCCUUUUUUUAGAUUUUUUUUUUUUUUACUUUCUUCACCUGGAAACAAAGAAUCAGAAAAAUCCAGGAGGUUUGUUGUUACAUGGAUUGUGAUGGAAUAUCAAAUGUUCUAAUCAUAAAGGAAAUAUUUACUGCCUGUUUUUGUAGUAUUGUAUACAAAAUGGAUGCUGAAUAAAAAAAAAACAAACAUUGAGCCAAA